AUGGAGAACAUCUUCGCGUCUCUGUUGCGGCAAAUCAGGUACUACUGUUUCAUUUCAUCUAACGUAUUGUGUUUUAACUUUAUUAUUAAGGGUGGCCGCAAGUACAUGGAAGAUCGUGUCCAUAUCGAGACUGUUAGGAAAGAAGACGGCUCUAUCAAGUUCACAUUUUUCGGGAUUUUCGAUGGUCACGGCGGGCAUGAAGCUAGUGAAUAUGUUAGAACAAACCUCUUAAAUAACAUAAUGCAAAGUGACCUGUUUGAUUCGGACGAUGACGAUGAUGUAUUGGAAGCUAUACGGCUGGGUUUUCUCACAACUCAUCAUGGCAUCUGGAAGGUAGUAUCAGAAUGGCCACGUACCGCUUCUGGAUAUACUAGCACCGCAGGAACUACUGCUAGUGUGGCAAUAAUUAGGAAUGGAAAGCUGUACACCGGACAUGUUGGCGAUUCUGCCAUCAUCUUACUUAAAAGAUCAUAUCGUAAAGACAAUAUAGAGGAUCUUGUUCCCCACAGAUUGACGGUUGACCACAAACCUGAAAGUGAAGAUGAGCAGGCGAGAAUUCGAAUCGCUGGAGGAUCGGUAGCGUUGAAAAGCGGUGUUGCUCGUGUCGUCUGGACCCGUCCUAUCAGGCACCAUACUGGUCCAGUGAGACGAAGUACACCUACUGAAAGCAUACCAUUUCUUGCCGUCGCUCGUAGUCUAGGUGAGUUAGUAUUUCUUUUUUCUUAA